CUUUCAAUUUCACUGGCACCUGACCCUCAAUUUCUCGACGCUUGAAUCUGUCUUUCAUACAAUUGUAGCUACUUUAAUGGCCUAGAACGCACGCUUGGACUUGGCUUCAAUGUUCAACCUUAGACUACAGAUAAAUACCGUUUGGACAUUCAAGCAUUCAUCAUCUUGAGCAACAAGAAUAUUUGAAGCAUUCCUCUUGGCAGCAGAAAGUUGUAAAUCCAAAUAUCCACAAACAUUUUUCGCCUGCUAUAACUCCUGAUUUCAUGUCAUCCCUGAGUGCCAAUGACCUCCACAAGAUUUUCACAAAACUGGAUAAAAAUGGCGAUGGGCUAAUAAGCAUUGAUCAAGUCAAGUGGCUAUUAGAGAGAAUUGGAUUCCACACUACCCUUGAGGAGCUGCAAAGACUGGUUGGACCAACAACAAGUCUUGAUUCAAUUGAGUUUUUCAUUUUCUAUGAUAUUGUUGUCAAGAGCAACAUUGGCAGAAGCAAUCAAACAAACAGCUUUGAUGGAGAUCUAGCUGAAGCUUUCAAGGUGUUUGACUUAAAUGGAGAUGGAUUCAUCUCUUGUGAGGAAUUGCAGAAGGUUUUGUCAAGAUUUGGAUUGUGGGAUGAGCGUGAAGGCCGGGAUUGUAAGAGCAUGAUUAACAUUUUUGAUACAAACUCGGAUGGAUUGCUUGAUUUUGAGGAGUUCAGGACUAUGAUGGUUUCCAGUUCUUGAUGAUCAGAAAAUUAAUUAGUAAUUGUUUCUUCCUACCGCUAUAGAAAUCUUAUCAUUUCAUUCUAUGCGUGCGUACAUAAAUUAUUGUGAUUUUGAGAUGAAUUUCAUUGCACUAAGAUUUAAUGAACCAAUGUGUUCUUUGGUUGCUUUCUUCUUCUUCUUCUUCUUCUUCUUUUUUGCUGUUAAUGUCGAGACCGACAGAGAAAGCAAUGUUAAUGCCGUCAUAAUACGUUGGGUCGAAGAAACUGACCUAUAAAGAAUUGAUGUUUUUUUUUUUUA